AAAUGGAGGAGCAAAAUGCUGGACCUGGGAUUGAAGAUUUAUAAAGGAUUAUGGGAUUAUGUACUGAAGAGCCAGCAGGCGGAAUGCCUGAGUGACUGAAGAAAAUGGGUGCUAAUGCAUCUAACUACCCUCACUCGUGUUCCCCAAGGGUAGGGGGAAAUUCACAGGCACAACAGACAUUCAUAGGGACAUCAUCCUACUCUCAUCAAGGUUAUGGCUGUGAAUCAAAGCUCUAUAGCCUUGACCAUGGCCAUGAGAAGCCUCAAGACAAGAAAAAGAAAACCUCUGGCCUUGCCACCCUCAAGAAGAAAUUCAUUAAGCGUCGGAAAUCGAGCCGGUCUGCUGAUCACGCCAAGCAGAUGCGCGAGCUCCUCUCAGGCUGGGAUGUCAGAGAUGUUAAUGCUUUAGUAGAAGAAUACGAAGGAACGUCAGCCUUAAAGGAACUUUAUCUACAAGCUAAUUUGGCAAGACCAGAAGCCAGGACGCUACAAAAAGACAUGGCUGAACUUUAUCAGUACAAGUAUUGUACCGAUGUAGACUUAAUAUUUCAAGAAACUUGUUUUCCUGUGCAUCGUGCGAUCUUGGCGGCAAGAUGUCCAUUUUUUAAAACGCUGCUUUCUUCCUCACCGGAAUAUGGGGCAGAAAUAAUAAUGGAUAUUAACACAGCUGGCAUAGAUAUGCCUAUGUUUUCUGCUUUGUUACACUACCUUUAUACGGGCGAGUUUGGAAUGGAGGAUUCAAGAUUCCAAAACGUUGAUAUCCUUGUUCAGCUUAGUGAAGAGUUUGGAACACCGAAUUCCUUAGAUGUUGACAUGCGCGCACUGUUUGAUUAUAUGUGCUACUACGAUGUGGUUCUUAGCUUUUCAUCCAACUCUGACUUAGUUGAAACUUUUGGUGGAGGUCAGAACUGUCUAGAUGAAGAGCUCAGAGCUCACAAAGCUAUUAUUUCAUCACGAUCUCCGUUUUUUCGUCACUUGCUGCAGAGGAGGAUACGAACUGGUGAAGAAAUCACAGACCGAACUCUACGAACUCCAACUAGAAUUAUAUUGGAUGAAUCUAUCAUACCAAAAAAAUAUGCUAAGGUCAUUUUGAACUGUAUGUAUACAGAUGUGGUGGACCUCUCGGUUUUGCACUCCAGUCCCUCAGUGGGCAGUUUAAGCGAAGUUCAGGCUCUUGUAGCAGGAAAACUAAACAUGACUAGGGCUGAAGAAGCUAUGGAGCUUUAUCACAUAGCACUGUUCUUGGAGUUUAACAUGCUUGCACAAGGCUGUGAAGAUAUUAUUGCUGAGAGCAUCUCCCUAGACACCUUAAUUGCCAUUCUGAAGUGGAGCUCUCAGCCAUACGGUUCCAAGUGGGUACAUCGUCAAGCACUGCAUUUCCUCUGUGAGGAGUUUACCCAGGUCAUGACUUCAGAGGUGUUCUAUGAGCUUAGCAAGGACCACCUGCUCACAGCUAUUCAGUCUGACUAUUUACAGGCAAGUGAACAAGAUAUUCUUAAAUACCUGAUUAAAUGGGGAGAACAUCAGUUGAUGAAGAGAAUAGCAGAUCGAGAACCUAAUUUACUCAGUGGUACUGCUCACAGUGUGAAUAAAAGAGGUGUGAAGAGGAGAGAUCUGGACAUUGAGGAGCUGAGGGAGAUCCUGUCUCCGCUUCUACCUUUUGUCCGCAUUGAGCACAUCUUACCCAUGAAUAGUGAAGUACUGAGUGAUGCAAUGAAGAGAGGCCUGAUUAGUACUCCUCCUUCAGACAUGCUACCAACAUCAGAAGGUGGAAAGUCAAAUGCCUGGCUGCGGCAAAAAAAUGCUGGGAUAUAUGUGCGGCCAAGACUGUUCUCGCCAUAUGUGGAGGAGGCUAAGAUCUUGAUGAAAUUCCACCGGAAACAAAGCAGCGUUCUGAGGGAAACCUCCCUGGUUUCCAGCCAGUUUGCCGGCCCAGCUCCUCGGCAGCCCUCCUGGCAGGCGGAUGGCAAGUCUGUGCUGGAUGAGAUGAUGGUGGAACAAACAGAUCUCGUUCGUUUGCGGAUGGUCCGAAUGUCCAACGUGCCCGACACCCUUUACAUGGUGAACAAUGCGGUGCCGCAGUGCUGCCAUAUGAUAACCCACCAGCAAGUCAGCACUAACCAGACCAGUCCUCCCUCAGUCAUAGCCAACGAGAUCCCAGUUCCCAGUCUCCUCGUAGUGAAGGAGAUGAUCAAGCGGCUGCAGGAGCUGCGUCACACGGAGCAGGUGCAGAGAGCGUACGCCCUCAACUGCGGAGAAGGCGCCACAGUCAGCUACGAGAUUCAGAUCCGUGUGCUGCGGGAAUUCGGGCUUUCUGAUGCUGCUGCUGAACUUCUGCAGAAUCCUCACAAAUUCUUUCCUGAUGAGCGAUUUGGGGAUGAAAGCCCCCUCCUGACAAUGAGACAGUCUGGAAGGUGUCGUGUUAACAGCACUCCCACUGCAGAAACCAUGUUUACAGAAUUGGACUCUUUUGUGGCCUUCCAUCCACCACUGCCCCCUCCUCCACCUCCAUACCACCCACCAGCAACUCCUAUUCAUAACCAGUUCAAAGUGGGCUGGAAACAAAGGGUGCCAAGUCAACAUCCCUCACGUUCCUUCUCUUACCCUUGUAACCACUCGCUGUUCCACUCCCGCACCGCCCCCAAAGCUGCACCGCCUGUCUACUUGCCUGGUGUGAAGGCAGCGCCUCCUGACUGCACUAACACCACGGGUCUGGGGCGACAAACGGUGGCAGCAGCAGCAGCAGUGAUGGCAGCUGAGAAACAAGUGUGUACUCAGCCCUUGCUAAAUGAACUGAUGCCAGAUAUUGCCAUGGGCGUGUCAGCGAUGUCUUUGAAGGACAGAAGAUUACCAGAGCUCACUGUCGACACAGAGUUAAGCCAGGCGGUUACAGAGCUGCUCAUACGUGGGGAUAGUGAAGACCAGAUUUGUGGAUUCCUGCUGACUCGGAGUGUCAGGAAGACAAGGCAUAGUCCACAACCUUCGCUGUUGCCUGAACAUGAGGGAGGGUUCCCUCUCCCGGAGGUGCCGAGGUGACUGUCCAUUGCCUUGCUUUCUCCUGCCCACGGUUACAAAAGGGCUUCACUCUUGGAUAUCUUUCAGUGUUCCUUACCUGAUCUCGUGUGUCGCUGACUCCGUGAUUGCAGCUCUUCUGGGAGCAGAAUCCUAGUGAAGAGUCUCUGCUUUAGCAUCAUGACAGGUGUGAAGCUUUAGCACUCUUAAAUUAUGCCUCCAUUUCCUGAGUUUGCUUUUGGAAAGCACAGAAAUGAGAUGUGAGGAGGGAAUGAUGGUGAUCUGGGCUGGCUCCUGUCCCUGGGGUGGGGUUCAGCAAUGCCCCGGGGGGGAAUGGUUGCAGUUAUGAAGUGCAUCCUUAAUACUCACUGUGCAGUUCUAGCAAGAGAUUCAUUGCAUUCAGGAUAGGGAUCUGAUGCCACUGCAGUGUAGUGAUUGCUGGUAAAGGCCUGUUUGGGGGUUUUAAAUGCAGUUUCUAUAAUAAAUUUCCCUGCAGUAGAACACUUUAGUACCAUCUGUGACCUAAGGACUUCUUUAAGGUUAUGUUGAGUGGAUUCCUGCAGCUCAAAAUUUCUUAAUACUGUUUUAACAGAAAUCUUGCUGCAACUUUACUUUUGGUUUUAGUUGAUGGCAGACUCUUAACUAAUGUGUUUCAUUAAAGUAUGCUGCGUCUCUUGCAUAUGCAUCUGUAAACCUCCUGCUUUUAUGGAAGCUCUGCAGAUGCUCCUUUUGAGAUGCAGCCAUGGAAAAUGUGGUGUAGGAUUGGAGCAGAAACUGCGCAGGUGAUGUGUCUUGUGGGUGAGGGGAGAUUUCUUUCUUUUUUACCUCUGUCAGCCUUUUUUAAGCUGUUUUUUUGCCCACAGUCAAGGCAGUUGGUGAUCCUGGCUUCAUCACCUGUAUGUGGGAUUUCCACGGGACUGCAGUGUAGAACGUUGAUAAAUGCAAGGUGUCAGUGUGGGGGUGGUGCUGCUGCAGAUUGGGGACUGAGGUUCAUGGGGUUUCUUGUGAAGAUCCGAGCACGGUGCUAUCCAACUGCAUAGCUGUAACCGCACACGAGGGUCUCAUCCUCGCCAGAAGCGUUAACUUUCAUCUCGCACAAGAACCCUGAAACUCCCUGCACUUGCAUCGUGUGUGUUGGCGGCUUAGUUACUAAAAAGUUAGAGCUGUCCUCAGAAGACUGAUUAUUCUGAAUAAUUUAUUUUUACCUAAAACCGAUAGAUGUACUUCAGGAAAACUAUUUUAGUUAUCACCGUUUGAUGUGGCACUGUGUACCUGGACAGAGGUGGGGCUGAUAAAACAGAUAAAACUUUAAGGCUUGAAAUUUUGUAGGGGUUUGGCUGAUGAAGACAAGAAGUUUUGAGGUUAUGGUUUGAGGAAAAUCAUGAAAUGCUAUGGCUUUUGAAUAAGCUGGUGAGAAAUGCCUCAGGGGAGGACAUGUCUGCAUUUUAGAAUAUAAAAUUGCUUCUGAAGUCUCAGGAGCUGAGCAGUAUUCAAAAAAGAAUCAAGUGUUUAAAAGUAGGUGCAGAAUGAAAGACAAGUCUUUCUGAGGCCACAGAGACAAUCAGGCCAUGUAGACAAUCUGUUUUCACUUGUAUAUUUUGAGUUGGGAAGAAGAUGGCAGCUAAUGGCAGCUGAUUUGAAGAGGAAAAGAAGGAUUUGUUGAGUUACUGGAACUGGACUAUUUUACUCCAGUGUCGGAUUUCCUAUUUAGUUGGAUGUGCAGAGGGAGGGGAGAAACCAUCUUUUCUUGGAAGCAUUAUUCAGAAGCCAGUGUUCAUACGACAUCUCACUCGCACAACAUGCGUACCUGUGCUACCUGCUACUUCUUGUUCUCUGUCUACUGAAACUUUGGUGCAGAAGCUCCUUGUUUACAUGAAGCACUUUCUGAUUAGGCUGGAAAUUGACACCUUUUCCUCCUAUAAAUUAGAUGGAGAUGACAGAUUACUGGCUAUUUUGCUUGGAUAGAGGUAUAAACGUUGUUUUCUCGAAUGAGGGAGACUCGUGCUCCUUGUUCUAUUAGAGAGAGAGCUCAGACUUGCAUUUAGUGAGCAGCAUGCAAAAACUUAUUCCCUUUUCCCCAAGUACCCUUUCUCUUUUCCUUAAUAUAUGGAUGAAUAACUUAAUUCCUGAAACACAUUCUUUCCUUUAAAAUGUUUUGUUGUUCUACGGAAUUGCUGUAGUUGUGUUUAAGUAACUGCUGUGUUGAUUGGCAGUUUCCUGUUGUAUUUUUCCUGUUCUUAAGGAGUUUCUCUUAUGAAAAUUAAGGCUGUGGCCACCUGUACUUGUAAAGCCUUGGGUUUUAGUUAUGGAACGUCCCAAAUGUUUGUCUUAGGUUUUUCUUUGGUCUGAGUUUGGUGGGAGUUUUGAGGGGGUUGGGUGUUUAAUUUUGUUUGGAUUUUUGGUUUGUUUGUUUUGGUUGGGGUUUUUGGUUGGGUUUUUUGUUUGUUUGUUUGUUUGAAAAAACACUAAAGCUGUUUGAGGCACUGUUCAUUCUUCUAAUAAUUCUAUGCUUCUAUGGUAGAGGUGGUGCUGAGCCCUGUGGGAUACAGGGAACAGCUGAGAGGGAAACUUGUAAAACCGCACUUGGGGUUUCUGUAAUUACCUGUACUGCCAGGAGGCAGCCCUGUCUUCGGCAGCAUUAUGGAUUUGUUUCUUGUCCUUGUGUUGUUACUGGUAUAAAGUCAAGUGCCUUCAAUGCUAAAGGCUCAGAAAACUUUCUUAAACUGACUUCAUGUCCUAUGCAAGUGUUUUUUCUACAACCUGCAUAACCAGUACUUUGUAAAACUUGUUUACGCUUCAAUUGUACAUAGUGUUUUUAAAAAAAAAUAGUAUUUUUAUUUAGGUACCUCCAAACUUGAAUUCUAGUCUUGUGUGAUGCAUUGUAAAACAAUACAUUUCUCUUUUGAGUACCAUUACAGUUGUAAAAAGGUUUUCACUGGUUCUAUUUUUCUACUGUUGCUGAGAAGCAUGUAACACUGACUUUAUCCUACGUAUAGUUGGCAUUUCAAAUAAAUGGCUUGUAUAGAA